AUUACAAAUGGGUCAAGAAUAUAAUUGCAUAAAAUUAGCUGUAGCAGACAAUAGUUUUUUUUUUUAUUUAAGGGCGCUUAACCUGUAACCCUUCAGCCAGGUCUACACUAUCAUAUUUAGGUAAAACGAGUAAAAGAUUUUAACAAUGUUUUACAUUGCCUCAAACGCCUCCAAAAUGUCUAUCAACUCUUACACUAUAUGUGUUACCAAAUAGUUUUGUCACCUUAUCAAUCGGACGUUGGAUAUUGUUUAAUUUAUUCCUCUUUACAAGAAAUAUCUAUCACAUUGACAGAAAAUGUUUAUCAAAGAGAAUUAUAAUAUAUAUGGAAAAUGUUUAUCCAACAGAAUUGACUUACCAGCGCCCGAAAGUAUCGUUCAUUAUUUAGUCACUUUUGGUUACUUUUACUAUUAUCCGUGUUAUUAUUACUCGACAUCGGUGAUAUCAUUGAUAAAAGGUUAAAGCCAUAAUACAAAAGAAGAAUAAAUAUAGGUUAGGUUCUUAAAAACAAAAUGCCGGACAUAAAAACUAAAGCAGACACAAUGCUUUUCUCAUACGAGACCACGUACAAAACUCAUUACCGUAGCUACGAUAUAAAGGCGCCCGUGUUAACAGUUUAUCAAAAGAAACCAGCGUCAGUGCGACCCCGAGCUCCUCCCACCAAAAACGUUCAUACCUUGAGGGAAUUAAGGGAAGAGGUACCGUUCUACUUGUUACACGGGCGUAAAGCCAUUCUUCAUACUAAUCCGUGGCUAGUGCAGAAAAAAUAUGAGGAGCCUCCAGACCUCCUCAGAGAAGAAGCUCAAAAAACUCGCCCACGUUUAGUAAUGACACCUGCAGUCAGUAUGGAUGACAUCGAUGAUCCAAACGCCAGACGUAUCCUGUGCGUGGACAUGUACACCACGGACACCUCCAAAGCGAUGAGAGACGCCCUCACUCCGCAUGUUAAUAUUGAAGCGCCUCUGCCUGGCUUACCGGCUCGGGCUAAUCCGAUCGUUCUGCCUAAACUGGAGCCUUCGUAUGUGUCGCCGGAGUGGCGGAUGGAGACAGCAGCGUGGGACAAUAAGCAGUUGAGAGCCCACUGCGACCCUACAAGAGACUUCUGGCUCAGUCUUGAACCUUUUAAAUGCAGAGCUUGUGAUGAGUUUGCGACCAUCACCAAACACAGGAGAAUGCUUCGACAGAUGAAGGCUAAUAGGCCUUAGCUAUCUUACAAACUGUGUCUACUUGAAAUAAUGUGUUAUUUUUUAAUAAGUUUACAUAUAGUUAAUACGUCUUUAUUUUCUAAGUUCAUUAGUUGUAAUUAUAAUUUUAAUGCUAACGUUAUGUAGUGUUUAUAUUUUUUGAAAUAAA